UGAAUGUAGACGCGCAUCACUGCUGGAUUAACUGGAGCGAAGGUGUACCACUUGACUUCUUUUCUCUGGCAUUUUGUGAGUGCCAUCGUUUGCCUUCUUCGGGAACUGUAGCGCUCCGACUGCUCGACCACAGGGACGGGGCAGAGUCGUGUUCGCGUUUCGGGGUUUACCGCUUUGGUUUCGUGAGAGAUCACCGCCACUGGAGACUUUUUUUCUCGAGGAAAACUUUCCUCUCAGCUUUUCAGGGUAAAUUUGGGAAAUUGCGCUUUUCUUCUUCCUUGUGUACGGGAGAAACGUCGCGAAAUACACUUUUCACUGGUGCGGCGUAGUGGCGGUGAUGCCACAUCAUGCAGUUGAAUCAUUCAGCUAAAGUCGAUAUACAGAUCAUUCAUAGCCCCGUCCGUCUUCCUGAGAGUGUCAACUCUGUUUUUUGUCGUACGAGCAAGCGGGUGCUUGCUGCGGAAAUUCUCGGGUUGAACUCUUGCCGAAGUCAGUUCUGGAUGGCACAUGGCUCCGGCGAAUCUUAUUUGAGUGACAACAAUUUGGCGGUGACGCAAGCUUGCCUGACGUUGAACAGAUAUGCUAUUUGUGUUCAACGGGGGGACGAGGGAUCUCGCUUCUUCGGCGUCGACCACCAACCUUGUGCAACACCGCUCUCUUGCAGCUCGCCGGCAUCCGUCUCUCUGCGGUGGAGUUUCCUGCACUCCUGCGAACAAUGGGGGAAUGCGCCAUUUUGGCAAUUUGCCUCGUUGUCUUCUUCGCGGUGUUGAUGAGUUUCGACUACCGCGACGGCAUAAAGUUCCCGUGCAUGUUCGCGUCAGACAGAGAGAGCAAACGCGAGCCGAAUUUCGUCUACUCCAGUGAGGUGGAGACUUUCGUAAACCGAAGCGGAGCCGUUUGCGUGGAAGACAUCGUCACCUUCGUCAACAAGCGACGCAUGGGGAAAGAUGGCGAAGUUGGGACGAAGGACGAUACAAUGACCCUGGAGGAACAGGUGUCUAUGCUCUCUGCCAUGCUGGAAGCCAAUUUCCACGGCGGGUUCUGGGUGAAUACCCCAUGGACCCUCAACUACGACGAAAGCGGCCAAACAUGGGCGAAGCUGCUCUAUGCGGACGGUGACGAAUAUCUCAUGAUUUCCGGCUCUCGAACGGGUUAUAGUGGGUUGAUCAACGAGCCGCAUGUGACGAAAAGCUUCUUCGGACUCGAGGGUGCCUUGCGUCUGCAACGUCGCGCUCCACACCGUCCCGUCUUGAUUGCGCCUCUCCUCAGUCGGCGAGGGGUGGAGGCCCGCGUCGAGCCUGUCGGCUCUGAGGGCGAGUUGUGGACAAGUGGGUUCCGGAUCCGGAAAGGACAGAAGGUGCUUUUCAGCACUGAGUCGCAGUCGGAGGGUGCGGUUGUGCUUCAGUACGCUUACGGUUCGAAGCCCUCUGCGACAUUGUGGUCCUUCAUUCUUCCGCCGUUGUUCAAAGCGUUUGACUGGGAAACGAGCUUUACGUACCUGCGCGCGCUGGGAGAGUCGUUCUACCGUAACGGAAUUCUGCCGGUGGUUGCGUUCAUGGUGGACAAGGAGGACGCCUGGUCAGCUCGGAUGAACCUGUCCUACCGCUCAGAAAGCGAACAAAGCUACACGUAUGAUGCGGAGCGGGAAGAAGAAGAAACUGGAGAAGACACUGCUCUGGCUGAAGCUCACGGACUGAAAGAACCUCAGGAGGCGGGUGCACCGGCCAAGGCUGCGGCAUCUGACGGAAAGGCGAAAGCCAAUCCGCCGCCAGCGACGGGAGAAGCUCGGAAGGAAGACAAGAACGAGGAGCAGGACUUGGAGGACGAAGAAGACGAAGAGCCCCUGGCUCGGGAUGAAGAGCUCUAAACUUCUCGCUGUGAUCCUGGUCACCUCGGCGCCUUUGCGGCAUCUGCUUUGUUUCUCCCUGCCUACACAGGUGCCUCUUUGAAGAGCAGCGUCUAGUUUUUCAGCCACGGCAAACCAAUUGGAAGGGCAGUUUUAGAAAUUGUACGGCUAGAGGUCACGCCAGUUGUGAUUUAGCUUUGUUUUUAGAUGGUCAUGUCGCAUACCGCCCUACCUGUCUGCAUGCGCUGAAAUUGUUUGUUUCUCAGUACUCCACUGAACAGGAGAAGCACACUUUCUGGAUCAUUUUAACCGGACGUCUGUGCUCCAGCACCCCCAUGAAUUCACGUUUCAUAGUGGAAGUUGAAGUUUUUGGGUUUUUUGCGCGUAUGUUCACAGUGGGGAGCUUUAAUGAGUAGUCAUAAAAAGUAAAGAAACCGGAGGUCGGGUGACACCUUGGAUGGCGGGAGAGGGAAGGUUACGCUGUGCCGCAUGCCUGCAUUUUGCCCUUGGACAAAGGACUGUUUAUCUAAAUGUGAGCUGUCUCAUCUGCCAUCGAACGGCUGAGUUCCUUUCGCCAUGAUAGAUGAACCUGCGUACAAUACACGUAGAUUCGUAGAACACACACAUGGCCUUCUUUACAUCACGUAACCACCGAGAUUCCGCAAGGAAUCGACGUUCCUACUUUCUAGGCUCCACUUGGAACACCAUAAAACACGCAAAUAUUUACAACAGGAUACACCGUCUUCAGCUUCGAAUAAAGCUGCCCUUUUACUUCCGUACUUUCAAGUCAGUUUUCUACUGAGUGCGCAUUCCCCAACAAGAACUGCUGCUGUCUUGAUACAAGGCAGAAACUAUUUGUUUUAGCACUACAUAAGUUUGGUUCUUCAUGGAAGCAAAAUCCUGUCUACCACAACGACCAGCUUGCUUGGUCGAAAAAAAAGAUCUGAGAAAAGGCUUUCUUCCGGGCUGGAAGUCCAAGAAACGUUAGUAUAAGCGUGCUGCGUGUUUCACUCUUCCUGCUGGGGAAGCCACAUUUUGUUUGUGCGGUUUUGAACCAGGUGUGAUAUUGGU